AUGUUCAAAAUCAAGCUCAAGGAACCAAAGGAGGCGGUUCUGGAAACCCCCAAAAUCAAACUUAAGGUGGGCAAGAAAGAGACCAAGCCACACAAAAUAGUACCUCGCAUAAGAGUGAAACCUACCAGAAUACCAGGCGAUGGAUACGAUUCAGAAGAUCCUGACCGAGAAGAUGAUCCAUUGAUGGAGGAAGGACUGAUUUUGAGGAUGUUACCGGACUCAUCGUUGGAGCAUCUUAGAAGAUGUGUUGAUGAUGGUGAUUUCAGUGGGAUCACUAUCAAGUGGAGAGACAGGAAAAGAGCCGUUGUUAAAGUGAAAGGCCAAAUGUAUGGCGCUAAGCUGGUUGAUCUUCCUACAACAGUUGAGGUUUACAAGACACUUGAUAAGAAGAACAUGUUCAAGACAAUAGACGUUUGCCAAAUGUUGUUGGUGAUUUCCCAGAUAACAGACGAGAAGGAGGUUAUGCAAAUCCCCGUGGAUAAGGAAGAGACAUUUCCGGAUGGACUGACACCUCCUUUACAGAACGUGAAACAGCGAUUCAAGCAGAAGUUUACCAACAAGGUGUUUGAGUCGGUGGAAGACCGGGUGGAGGAGUUGCUGAGAAUGGAUGACGAAGCUGUGAAUUCGAGUUAUGAGCUGUUUGACCCCGAGAAAGAGCCACAGAUUCCACAACAGGCAUCGAGAACCAACAUCAAGAUAAAUUUUGGUAAGGAUAAUGUCGAUGAGGAAGAGGAUGAAGACAAUGGCCUAGAUGACCUGGGAGACCUACAGAUGGAGCUGGAGAAGGAACUAGUAGGUGACGAAGAUGACAAUAUUGCUGAGAUGGAAGAGAUCGAAGGAAUUGAGGGAAUGGACGGAGCUGAUGAGGAAGAUGACGACGAUGGAGAUCUGGACGAUGCUUCUUCCAGUGACGAAGAUAGACCCGAGAUUGACGAGGAACAGCAGCACAAUAAGAUUCUCAAGGAAGAGAUCUCAGAACUGGAGUCUACGAUAAAGGCCAAAGAACAGGACUUAUUGAAGGCGAACAACCCAAUCAUCAAGAGCAGAAUCAACGACGUGAUCAACAGGCUCAGACAGGAGCUGGAAAUUAAGUCUAGGCAAGUGAAGGAGAGUGAGGUGAGCGAACCAACUGACGAAAAUCUGAUACCACAGGAUGAUAUUCCGGAAGACCAGGAAGACCAGGAGGACCAGGAGGAUCAAGAAGAUCUCGAGGAUCAGGAUGAUGAUGACGAAGAAGACGAAGAAGAAGAAUUACACGACGCAGCAAUGGAGGUCGAAGCCGUGGAAGAGCUGAUUACAGAUAUUAACGAGACUCGCGAGGAGGACCAGAUAGCGCAGCUGGGCGAGGCCCUUCCAGACGAUGAAGAUAGGGAAUUGGCCGAGAUAUUCGGAGAAGAAGAUCUAGACGGGUUGUUCUAG